CCACGGUUGUACUCUUAUUUCCGCAGCACCUGUUCUUGGCGUGUUAGAAUAGCUCUCGCUCUCAAAGGAAUCGAAUAUGAUUAUCAUCCUGUGCACUUGUUAAAGGAUGGUGGCGAACAGGCUAGUUUUAAGGAUAAUCUUAAUCCGAAUUCCUUAUUGCCAGCACUGGAAAUAGAUGGCCAUUGUCUAGCAGAUUCGAUGAGUAUUAUAGAAUACUUGGAUGAAACAAGACAAGAUCCACCGUAUUUGUUACCGAAAGAUCCAGCAAUAAGAGCGACGGUACGACGAAUUAGCAACAAUAUUACUAGUGGUAUUCAGCCAAUCCAGAAUCUUCGAGUGCUGAUCUAUGUAGGCGCAGAUAAGAAAAAGGAAUGGGGAAAGCACUGGAUUGAGCAAGGCUUUAAUUCUCUAGAAGAGUUAUUAGAAAAGACUAGUGGUAAAUAUUGUGUUGGCGAUGACAUCACCAUGGCUGAUCUUUGCUUGAUUCCACAAGUUUACAAUGCUAAUAGGUUUGAGGUGGACAUGUCCAGAUACCCAAUUAUAACACGCAUCAAUGCGCAGUUAGAGAAUCAUGAUGCAUUCGUAGCAGCUCAUCCAAGGCAACAACCUGACUGUCCGGAUGAACUCAAAUAG